AUGGCCGACGACGGCGAGUCGAAAAACGCCAUCACGAGCACAUUCCCCGCCCCUCCGCCCUUUUGGAAAGAUUUCACUCCCGACAAUGUUGCCAGAAUCACCGACCUACGCCAGGAGCAAGUUGAGCGAGAGGGCAUCGCAGAUCCCAGUACCGUCCGCCUCUCUGGCCUGCCCGACAAUCUGAGAAACUUACAACCACCGUCCGAGCCAGCUAGUGGCGCCUGGCGUGUAUUUGGCCAGAAUUAUGCACUUCAAGAGGAGCUACCGAGUCUCGACAAUGGCACUGGCAUUCGAAAACUUUUCCCAGAACCUGAGGAGAGAGACCAGGACGGCAAACAUUUCGACCGGGCGACCAUACUGAAGCGUCUGGCCAAGAGUCUACUGCUUAACUUCCUGGAACUCACCGGUAUCCUGUCCAGCAAUCCAGGAGCGGCUGAAGAUAAGAUUACAGAUAUUCGCGAUCUUUUUCUCAACUUCCAUCACCUAAUCAAUGAAUACCGGCCUCAUCAAGCGCGAGAGUCUUUAAUCUCCAUGAUGCAAGCCCAGCUUGACCGGACCCGCGCCGAAACCAAUGCAAUUCGCGACGUCAAGGAGAAGGUUGAGCGAAUGCUUGAAGGUCUCGGGAGCCUCAAAAUGGAGGAUACGUCAAGUGGGGCAGGAGAGGCGAAGCACAUCAUUGGGAAUCAUGAUUUGAUGCUAGACAGUGUCCUGGAUGUCGAACUUGCCUGA